AUGGCCCACGUGCCUGGUCAGACCAUUUCUUUGGGUCGAGAGUGUAAUCCGGCAGCACCUGACGAGCGUGCUGUCGAACAAUCCAUUCCUAUGGUCGGAUGCGACUCUGGAACGGGGAUGUUGACCACGGGGACAAUCGAUGGGUUGUUAGUGGAGAUGCUGGUAGAUACUGGAGCGGCUGUAAGCUUAGUAUCUGCGGAUCUAGCCAGGAAGCUGGGCUACGAUCCGGAUCGACUCACGGCGGAUGCGCCUGGGUUGAAGUUUUGUGGGGCAGAUGGUAAGCCUCUGGUGGUGAAUGGAAAAGUGGUUGUUCACCUUGGCGUUCAAGGAUGUGUUUGUUCGCCGGAAAUGCGGGUAGUCGAUGGGCUACGAUUUCCAUGUGUGCUGGGACGUGAUGUGCUGUCCAGCAUUCCCUGUAACAUAACCUCUGCGAAUGGCAAGCUAUGUUUCAAGGUCGAAGAAAGGCGAGGGGGUGGUGCAGAUGAGGCUCCGCUCCGCUUGCAGGAGAAGAUUGUUCUCCCACCACACCACGAGAUGACCGUGGCGGCUGUGGUGGACACUCUUGCAUUCGAUGGGAUGCCAGAGUUGGGGCUCACGGAACCAGAUUGUGGGACUGCGAGCGACCCUGGUCUCUUGGUGGCAAAGUGUGUUGUGCGGCCACAAGAGAAUCGUGUUCCCGUGCGAUUGAUGAAUUGCACGGCGGAACAAAUCACUCUGCCCAAGAGAGCCCAGAUUGGCAAGCUGUGUGCAGUUGCAACUGUGGUGGACGGUAGUGAAGAGUUGGACGAGGCGAAUGACUGGUGUAGCUACGGGGCUAACCAGGAUUUGUGGUCUGUACUGCGAGUGGGGAACCCCGAUGGUGGUCCCGGCGCAGGGAAGCGCUCUCCAGGCGGGAAGAGGCUGCUUGAAACCGGUGGUGGUGAUGACGAUGGUCGGUCACACCAUUGUGCGAUGAGGGAUGAUGAGGCAGUACACGAGGCCGACGUUGACCAGCGUGGUCGUGGUACGAUGCCUGAUGGCUGUUGCUCUCAGGAGGGUAACCGGGAGGCAUGCUCCCCACCUGAUACAGGCAACAGCGAGCAGCCUGUGGUUGAGGCCGAGCAGUUGGCUAGGCUCAGAACCUUGGUCGAGCAGUACAGAUGUGUAUUCGCUAUGAACAUGUCCGAGCUGGGUCGGACAGACGUGUUGAAACACGAGAUUAGGACUAGCUGUGAUGGUCCAGUUUAUGAGCCCGCAAGGAGAUUGCCUUGGAGCUCGCGAGAAACAUGUCGGAAGUUGGUUGACGACAUGCUUGAACAGGGUGUGAUCGAAGAAUCGGUCAGUCCAUGGUCUUCACCAGUUGUGUUGGUGCGGAAGAAGGACGGAUCGACGAGGUUCUGUGUUGAUUAUCGGAGAGUCAAUGCAAUAACCGUGAAAGAUCCAUACCCACUCCCGCGUAUUGAUGAUACGUUGGACGCGUUGGGCGGUGCGAUGUACUUCUCGACGCUUGAUCUGUGCUCUGGGUAUCAUCAGAUGCCAAUGGACGAGGCAGACAAGGCCAAGACGGCAUUUUCCACGCCUGAUGGGCACUAUGAGUUCAAUGUGAUGCCAUUUGGUGUGUGCAAUGGCCCGAGCUCAUUUCAACGGCUGAUGAGUGCCGUUUUGCGAGGUUUGCAGUGGCAGAUGUGCCUGGUAUACCUCGAUGAUAUUAUCGUGUUCUCAAAGACGUUUGACGAACACUUGGAACGACUGGAAGCAGUGUUCCAAAGACUACUGGAGGCUGGUCUUCGGUUGAAACCCUCGAAAUGUCAUCUGUUGAGGACAGAAGUCAAUUUCUUGGGUCAUGUUGUCACGAAGGAUGGUGUGCGCACCGAUCCGGACAAGAUUGAGACCGUGUCAGAGUGGCGGUGCCCAAAGAACGUAGCAGAGGUGCGUUCUUUUAUGGGUUUCUGUGGCUACUAUCGACGGUUUGUGAAGGAUUUUGCAUCCAUUUCUCGGCCGCUGGUGAAGCUGACGAGGCAAAACCAGAGGUUUUCAUGGGAUGGCGAGUGUGAGAUCGCAUUCCAAUUGCUGAAACAGAAGAUGUCUUCAGCACCCACGUUGGCGUAUCCGAGGUUUGAGACCGAUGCGCCCCCAUUUGUAGUCGAUGUGGACGCAAGUGGCCAUGGUUUGGGAGCUGUGUUGUCCCAGACCGACGCAGAUGGUCGGGAGCGACCUAUUGCGUAUGCAAGCAGAGGGUUGAACUCUGCCGAGAGGAAUUAUGGCUCGACGAAGAGUGAACUCCUCGGACUAGUGUGGGCAUUUAGGCAUUUCAGAUGCUAUUUGCUUGGUCGAAGGUUUGUCGUGCGCACAGACCAUCAAGCACUAAAAUACCUGAACCGUUUCAAAGAACCAAGUGCGAUCGUGGCGCGGUGGCUUGAGUUUCUGAGUGAUUUCGAUUACGAGGUGCGUUAUCGGAAAGGUAAAGUCCAUGCCAAUGCUGAUGGCUUGUCUCGACAAGUGCAGGAUCAGAGGUGUGGCACCACAGUCCCUGAUGAGGUGAUUGCUGUGGUAUCAGACGAAAGGAGCUCAGUGGCGAAUGCUGAGUCGGUCCAGAGUGACCUUCCUACGCCCUUUGUGCGGCGACGAAACUGGACAUCAGCUGAUUGGGCUGAUGUUCAGCAACGUGAUCAUGAAUUGACACGGCUGAACUUGUUGUAUUGGGAUUCUGAUGAGGAUGCCCAGCAUGAGACGUAUGGCGGCGUGGACGGUGUUGGCGGCCAACCAGUUGUGCAGAUCCCGCUACCAGUCAACCAACCACCGCCACAACCAGCCCAGAUUGCGGUUCAGACUCGAGCUGGGAGGACCGUCCGGCCACCGCAGUACUUUGGAAUGCAAACCCAGUUGAGAAGACGACGGUAA